AAUACACAUAUUAGUCUAUACUAAAAUAUCCAUCUAAGCUGGCUGCUUCUCGGGAAUACAUGGAAUGUAUGCCACCCCUUGCCGAUAAUGGCUAAGCAUCUCACGCAUCAAAUCGCCUUUCCGCCGUCUCUCAAGCCAAAGACCUCCCAGGUCGGCAGAUAUAUCACCAGAGUCUCGUCGCAAGCCGGAUCUUCCGUUCAAACAGCGCAAAGGACUUCUCGCCGGAGCCAUGAACCGCUAUCGCAUAAUCGUUCACUAGCGCAACUUUCUCCCAUACAGCCCGAUGGGCCAUGGCUCACGGCCGUCUCCCCCACAUACUUCUCGCAAGCAAACCAGACCGCUCACUAUGGCGGGCCACAUGAGGACGGAGACCAUAGACCACCGGAUGAAAGAAUAGUUAAACUGGGAAAGACCCUUCGUACCCUAUCCAAGCAACUACCCACAAUCCUCGUCAACGCACUACCUCAAGAGAUACUUUCACCAAGCAUAUCACUCCAUUUAUUCCCGUCUACACAUCCGCAUCUUCCCACAGUAAAAGGAAGGGUUCCUUAUCGAGCUGCUUUAUGGACUGCACCUGUGGCAUGGGGCAGCGUUCCUAUCAUUGGGAACGUCAAUCUACGAAUAGUGAGCGAGAGGGUAGUACCAACUGGCGUUGCCAGUGGUAAUGGCUUGAGCGAGAAUCCUGGAGGUGAAAAACUUGUCGUUCGUUGGGUCACUGAGGGUGCCGGUCGCCCGGCUUCUAAAGUUGGCCGUGGCUCAGAGACAGAUGACUAUAUCACACCUGACCGAGCCCAGCGGGCACAAAACACAAACACAGAGAGCUCAGGGGCUUCAUCUUCCUCAAAUGGGAUAAACAGAGGGCUUAGUGUGUUGCUAGGCGGAGAAAUGCCGAUCUUCAAACUUGGGAAGGAAGAGCAGUUUACUGGUUUAUUUAUUUUCACAUUUGACGAAGAAGGUCGAAUAGCUACGCAUACGAUUGAACAUGCUGAUGAAGGCAACGGGUGGGAUCGAACAGCUAAGGUGGUUACCCUGACAGACUGGCUUUUGGGCAAGGCAAAAGGAAGUGCAUCCAGAGAAAUUGUUCCUCCCCAGCCUGCGUUUGUGUCAGGGGGAGUUAGAGACAUCCGCCGACCACGGUAUCGCUUUGGCCCUUUCGAAAUAUGA